AUGCCUAUAUGCACUAGUUGUACCCAUCCUACGCCAUAUCUGUAUACUGUCUAUGAAUCUGCAUAUAACCUGCGCCUGGAGCAAUGCGCAGAGUGUCAUGCGUUCGCAGACCCAUACGUGGAACAUGACACCCUCACUCUGUUACUCGACCUGAUCCUCCUCAAACGGGACGUGUACCGUCAUCUGUUAUUCAACAGAGGCCGCGGUGCGCGGAAGCUACGAAGGUCCGGGCCUGCUUCCGAGGCAGGCGUCUCGCCACAACGGGGACCGGGCUCGGUUGAACAAGUGUUAGCUCGGUCUCCUGGAAUGGUGGACCACCCUGAGGCCUGGGAACCCGCAAGGGAGAGAGCUAGGUGGUAUUUGAUCGCACGCCUCGGUACGGCACUAGUCAUCCUGGAUGCUUUCAUUAGGUGGACGCACCUCAGUACGUGCUCCCGUGUCGGUGCUCCUCAAGGAGACAUCUCCGAGUGGAAUACCGAGGCAAUGGCCGGUUUCGCCCGCAUACAUGUCGGUUGUUUCGUAGAAACGGUCACAUUCCACGUCGGUAUAAUCAUUGCCUCCUACGUUGUGCUGCAAUUCCUGGACCGCAUACGGUUACCUAAACCAUCAACGACCAACGCAUUGCAAGUUUCCGGCAUCCGCAAAGAGUUUAGGUACUCGCAUAUACCGCUGACGCUCCUCUACUCGUCGUUGACGAAGUUGUUCUUGCUAUUUUUAUUGGCGAUAUGGCGUCCUGCGCCUGUCGAGCACGGCAGCCCAUCCGAGCCCACCGAUUCAUGGAUGGGACAGGCACUCAGCCUCCUCGACGAGGAUCGUCUGGAUCGUGGAUGGAUUGUGCGAAAUGUCCUGGGAGGUAUGUCCGCAGGUUUCGGACUUCGAGUCGUUUUGGACUGCCAUCCCCUUCUCACGACCAGUGUGAUACUCGUGGGCUGGGCUGUCAAAACGCUAGUCGCGGGAAUGAUCAGUCAAUGGGUGGGAAUCGGGUUCAAUGCUUACGAAACGGCCGGCGAGAUGUGGCUAGCAUAUAGCAUUCCAUGA